AUGAUUGCCAUCGGUGACUCGCUCCCUGCCGUGACGCUGGGCGAAUACAACGCCGUCGAGGGCACGUGCGCGAUCGGCCCCAACCAGAUCAAGGUCCAGGAAGCCGCGGCCGGCAAGACGAUCGUCAUCUUUGCCGUACCCGGUGCUUUCACCCCGACGUGCUCGGCCCAGCACGCCCCCGGCUUUGUCGCGCUCGCCGACGAGUUCAAGGCCGCCGGCGUCGACGAGAUCUGGUGCCUCAGCGUCAACGACGCCUUUGUCAU